AUGAAUUCCAGCAAUCAAACAACAACACCUAUAAAUGUCGCGACAUUGGCCCCUUCGCACUCAAUGGGAACCAAAUUUGGAUUCACCCUCGCGUACGCAACGAUCUUUUUGAUCGCGCUCUUCGGCAAUUCUAUUGGGCUGUAUGUGGUGAGCGCAAAAGCACCUUCGAAACGAAUUACUUAUCUGCUGAUCAAGAACUUGGCAGUUGCUGACCUAAUUCUAACCCUGAUAGUGAUGCCAAACGCUGUUUGGAUCAUGUAUUUCGAUGAUAACCGCUGGUUCGGUGGAACAAUGGGAACUAUCACGUGUAAAAUUGUAUUCUAUGCCAUCACUGUUUCUAUCGCUGCUUCCGUGAUAACAUUGACUAUUAUCUCCAUCGAUCGCUUCUUUGCUAUCUUUUUCCCUCUAAAGCUAACUUUGUUCCACAAACAUAAAACCAUCACAAUGGUUAUAUGGUUCGUCUCAUUACUCGCUGCUACGCCAUACUUAUUGUUGUUCAAAGUUAAGAAGCGUGGAGACUAUUAUAUUUGCUUCCCCGAAUGGCCAUGGUCUGAGGAUCUCAAGGAAACAUAUCUCGUCAUGAGAGCUUUUCACAUUUUUGCCUUUAUUGCCUUUUAUGCACUUCCACUGUUAAUAACAGCUGUAGUCAACUGCCUCAUUGCACGUAGAGUCUGGUUUCACAAGUAUCCAGGCAAUGCCACCAGUUUCAACAAAACCUUGACGGGAGCAGCGAGGCGAAAAGUCGUCAGAAUGUUAACUAUCAUCGUUGUCGGUUUCGCCCUAUGCUGGCUACCUACCUACCUAAAUCACUACUUCAUGUAUUUUCAACCAGCUGUUUGGGAUAAGACUGACAUCGCGAUCUGGAAUUUCAAUUUUUGGCUGGCGCACGCAAACAGUGCGAUAAAUCCUCUCUUUUACAUCGCUUUAAACAGAAGCUUUCGCAACGCAUUUCUGGAUACUACGGCUGGGCUAUUCGCAUGUCCUAUUCGUGUUGCAAAUCAUUGCAUGGCCUGGUUUGCAGAGGAAUCAUCAGCAUCGUACCUUUCCCAAGAAACGGAGCAUGUUGCACGACACAGACAGUGGAAUGGUUUCCGCUCUUCAGGUAGUAGGUCAGUUGGUCGAAACGGCACUGGAAGAACCCAUGAAACCAAGCUGUAA